UGCUCGCACGCUCGCCGGCUUUAAAGUCUCUGCCAGGAUCCAUGCUCACAUGUUACUUCCUGUAUGGAGGCAUGGCUAGUUUCCAGCUCCGCGCUCCCCGAUCCUCCCCAGCUCGCGCCGGAGCCACAACUUUCAGGAGCAUGGACUGAAGGCGCCCUCGUCCUAGCGCCCCUCUGAGAUCCUUUGUGUUUUCCUCGGUUUCCUCCGGCCGUUUCUAUUUUGGGGGGCUCUUCGCUCCCCCCGCCUCUGCCCUCCCCUUCCCCGCUCGCAAACAUGCCUCCUUCCUUCCCGGGGCCCUGGAAGGAGCUGCCUGCCUGAAGCCGGAGACGCCGCGUCGCGCUCAGCCCCGCCGCCGCCCGCCGGCUCUCGGGCUGCGCUGCGCUGCCGACUCAAGUUGGGGAUCCUCGGCUGCUCGCCGCCGCCGCCGCCUACGGUCCCUGCCUGCCCCGGGCCCGGGGCAUUGCUGCCGCCAGCCGACUCCUCGCCCUGCCCGCUCAGCUCUCUCCUUUUUGAACAGAAAGCAGUUCUUCGCCGAGGAUCGUCCCCAGCGUGGCUCCACGUUCCCGGUCACUUUUUGAGAUUUUCCGUGGGGCGCUCGGCGGCUUCCCGGAUUCCAGGGGGACUCGGGCCGCCGAGCGCGGGGGGCCCGUAGAGCGGGCGAGCAGGAGAAGAACCCGGGCUUAGCGGAGGCUCUUACGGAGGCAAGAACUUAUUCAACAAGUUUACCCCCCCCUGCCUUCCUCUUUUCGAUGUGCGUUUUCGGACAUGCGGAGGUUACUGGAACCGUGUUGGUGGAUUUUGUUCCUGAAAAUCACCAGUUCCGUGCUCCAUUAUGUCGUAUGCUUCCCCGCGUUGACAGAAGGCUACGUUGGGGCCCCGCACGACAACAGACAGGGCAGCUCCGCGCAGAUCCGCAGGCGCAAGGCCUCCGGCGACCCGUACUGGGCCUACUCGGGUGCCUAUGGUCCUGAGCACUGGGUCACGUCUAGUGUCAGCUGUGGGGGCCGAAACCAGUCGCCCAUAGACAUUUUAGACCAGCACGCGCGUGUCGGUGAAGAGUAUCAGGAGCUGCAACUCGAUGGCUUCGACAAUGAAUCUUCUAAUAAAACCUGGAUGAAAAAUACAGGGAAGACAGUUGCCAUCCUUCUGAAAGACGACUAUUUUGUCAGUGGUGCUGGCCUGCCUGGCAGAUUCAAAGCCGAGAAGGUGGAAUUUCACUGGGGCCACAGCAAUGGCUCGGCCGGCUCUGAACACAGCAUCAACGGCAGGCGGUUUCCCGUGGAGAUGCAGAUUUUCUUUUACAAUCCAGAUGACUUUGACAGCUUUCAAACCGCAAUUUCUGAAAACAGAAUAAUUGGAGCCAUGGCCAUAUUUUUUCAGGUCAGUCCAAGGGACAAUUCUGCACUGGAUCCUAUUAUCCAUGGGUUGAAGGGCGUCGUACAUCAUGAGAAGGAGACCUUUCUGGAUCCUUUCAUCCUCCGGGACCUCCUGCCUGCAUCCCUGGGCAGCUAUUACCGGUACAUGGGUUCUUUGACUACCCCGCCGUGCAGCGAGAUUGUGGAGUGGAUAGUCUUCCGGAGGCCGGUCCCCAUCUCUUACCAUCAGCUCGAGGCUUUUUACUCCAUCUUCACCACGGAGCAGCAAGACCAUGUCAAGUCAGUGGAGUAUCUGAGAAAUAACUUUCGGCCGCAGCAGGAACUGAACGACAGAGUGGUGUCCAAGUCUGCCGUCCGCGACGCCUGGAACCACGACGUGACAGACUUCUUAGACAACCCACUGGGGACAGAAGCCUCUAAAGUUUGCAGCUCUCCGCCCAUCCACAUGAAGGUGCAGCCUCUGAACCAGACGGCGCUGCAGGUGUCCUGGAGUCAGCCCGAGACCAUCUACCACCCGCCCAUCAUGAACUACAUGAUCUCCUACAGCUGGACCAAGAACGAGGACGAGAAGGAGAAGACGUUCACCAAGGACAGUGACAAGGACUUGAAGGCCACCAUCAGCCACGUCUCACCUGACAGCCUUUACCUGUUCCGAGUCCAGGCCGUGUGUCGGAACGACAUGAGGAGCGACUUCAGCCAGACCAUGCUGUUCCAAGCUAAUACCACUCGUAUAUUCCAAGGAACCAGAAUUGUCAAAACAGGAGUGCCCACAGCGUCUCCCGCCUCUUCGGCCGACAUGGCCCCCAUCAGCUCGGGGUCUUCCACCUGGACGUCCUCCGGCAUCCCCUUCUCAUUUGUUUCCAUGGCGACUGGGAUGGGCCCGUCAUCCAGCGGCAGCCAGGCCACGGUGGCCUCGGUGGUCACCAGCACGCUCCUCGCCGGCCUGGGCUUCAGCGGCGGUGGCAUCUCCUCCUUCCCCAGCACCGUGUGGCCCACGCGCCUGCCCACCGCCGCCUCGGCCAGCAAACAGGCCGUCCGGCCCGUCCUGGCCACGACCGAGGCCUUGGCAGCCCCGGGCCCCGACGGCGAUUCGGCCCCGACCAAGGAUGGUGAGGGUGCCGAGGAGGGGGAGAAGGAUGAGAAUGAGAGCGAGGACGGCGAGCGGGAGCACGAGGAGGAGGGCGAGAAGGACUCCGAGAAGAAGGAGAGGAGCGGGGUGACCCACGCCGCCGGGGAGCGGAGCCGCACGGGGCCCACCCCCGCCCCCGCGUCCCCCGGCAGCGCUGUCCAGGAGGGUGGGCAUCAGACUAGAGCUGGGCGCCCGCGGGACCCCACCACCGUCCCCACCGCCCGGCCCGAGGAGGCCCUGGACCCCGACUCGGUCACCCCCACCCAAGUGCCCCCCACAGUCACAGAGGAGCGUGAUGCAGAGAGCGACCCCAGGAGGCCCGGAACCCCAUCCAAGAAGCCUGUGUCCCGAGGGGACCGAUUCUCCGAGGACAGCAGAUUUAUCACUGUCCAUCCAGCAGAAAAGAACACCUCUGGAAUGGUCAGCCGCCCUUCUGCAGGGAGGAUGGAGUGGAUCGUCCCUCUGAUCGUGGUGUCUGCCUUGACCUUUGUGUGCCUCAUCCUUCUCAUCGCUGUGCUAGUUUACUGGAGAGGGUGUAACAAAAUAAAGUCCAAGGGCUUUCCCAGACGUUUCCGUGAAGUGCCUUCUUCUGGGGAGAGAGGAGAGAAGGGGAGCAGAAAAUGUUUUCAGACAGCUCAUUUCUACGUGGAAGAUAGCAGUUCACCUCGGGUGGUCCCCAAUGAAAGUAUUCCUAUCAUUCCAAUUCCGGAUGACAUGGAAGCUAUUCCUGUGAAACAGUUUGUGAAACACAUCGGUGAGCUCUAUUCUAAUGACCAGCACGGGUUCUCCGAGGAUUUUGAGGAAGUCCAGCGGUGCACGGCUGACAUGAACAUCACUGCAGAACACUCCAAUCAUCCAGAUAACAAGCACAAAAACAGAUACAUCAACAUUUUAGCCUAUGAUCACAGUAGGGUGAAGUUAAGACCUUUACCAGGAAAAGACUCUAAGCACAGCGACUACAUUAAUGCAAACUAUGUCGAUGGUUACAACAAAGCGAAAGCCUACAUCGCCACCCAGGGGCCUUUAAAGUCUACGUUUGAAGAUUUCUGGAGGAUGAUUUGGGAACAAAACACUGGCAUCAUUGUCAUGAUUACCAACCUGGUGGAAAAAGGAAGAAGAAAAUGUGAUCAGUACUGGCCAACAGAGAACAGUGAGGAGUACGGAAACAUCAUUGUCACUCUGAAGAGCACAAAAGUACACGCCUGCUACACGGUUCGUCGUUUUUCCGUCAGAAAUACAAAAGUGAAGAAGGGCCAGAAGGGAAACCCCAAGGGGCGCCAGAACGAGAGGGUGGUGAUCCAGUACCACUACACGCAGUGGCCCGACAUGGGGGUCCCCGAGUACGCCCUCCCGGUCUUGACCUUCGUGAGGAGAUCGUCCGCAGCCCGGACGCCGGAGAUGGGCCCCGUGCUGGUGCACUGCAGCGCCGGCGUGGGCAGGACGGGCACCUACAUCGUGAUAGACAGCAUGCUGCACCAGAUCAGAGACAAGAGCACAGUCAACGUGCUGGGCUUCCUGAAGCACAUCAGGACGCAGCGCAACUACCUCGUCCAGACGGAGGAGCAGUACGUUUUCAUCCACGAUGCCUUGUUGGAAGCCAUUCUUGGAAAGGAGACGGAAGUAUCUUCCAGUCAGUUGCACAGCUACGUUAACAGCAUCCUCAUACCAGGAGUCGGAGGAAAGACACGACUGGAAAAACAAUUCAAGCUGGUGACACAGUGCAACGCAAAAUACGUGGAAUGCUUCAGUGCGCAGAAAGAGUGCAACAAAGAAAAGAACAGGAACUCCUCAGUCGUGCCGUCCGAGCGAGCUCGCGUGGGCCUCGCACCGUUGCCUGGAAUGAAAGGAACGGACUACAUUAACGCUUCUUAUAUCAUGGGCUACUACAGGAGCAACGAAUUUAUUAUAACCCAGCAUCCUCUGCCGCACACCACGAAAGAUUUCUGGCGAAUGAUCUGGGAUCAUAACGCGCAGAUCAUUGUCAUGCUGCCAGACAACCAGAGCUUGGCUGAAGACGAGUUUGUGUACUGGCCAAGUCGAGAAGAAUCCAUGAACUGUGAGGCCUUUACCGUCACCCUGAUCAGCAAAGACAGACUGUGCCUCUCAAACGAGGAGCAGAUCAUCAUCCACGACUUUAUCCUGGAAGCGACACAGGAUGACUACGUCCUGGAGGUCCGGCACUUCCAGUGUCCCAAGUGGCCCAACCCGGACGCCCCCAUCAGCAGCACCUUCGAGCUGAUCAACGUCAUCAAGGAAGAGGCCUUAACCAGGGACGGCCCCACCAUCGUGCACGAUGAGUACGGCGCAGUUUCAGCAGGAAUGCUGUGUGCCCUGACCACCUUGUCCCAGCAGCUGGAGAACGAAAAUGCCGUGGAUGUUUUCCAGGUUGCAAAAAUGAUCAAUCUUAUGAGGCCUGGAGUAUUCACAGACAUUGAACAAUACCAGUUUGUCUAUAAAGCAAUGCUCAGCUUGGUCAGCACUAAAGAGAACGGAAAUGGUCCCAUGACGGCGGACAAAAACGGUGCUGUUCUGAUUGCAGAUGAAUCGGACCCUGCCGAGAGCAUGGAGUCUCUGGUGUGAUCGGGACCCUGCAAGGGCACUUCAUUUGUAAACCUUCUGAAGACUGAGAACUUUUUUGAGGCCUUUUUUGCCAGACUCUAGGUUAUAACAAUAACCCAGUUACUUUUUUACACUGAUAAAAGUUUUGAUAUUUAUUUUUUGCCAUUUUAUGUCUUAAUGGUAUCCUACUGAGCAUUUGCACCUCUGUUCAUUUCUCACGGUGAAACGCGAUCUUACCUAGUUUGCACUAUAUGAUCAGUGUUACUGCCUAUAAUCUAAUACUAAAGCGAGCCCUGAUGUGACAUUCCAUGACCGCAUACACGCUACUUUUUAAUUCAGUACAGUGAAGGUCUUUGUUAGGACAGUGAAUCUUGAUUUUUCUUAAUCAUUAUUAUUAUUGCUCAAGUAGUUGCAUUCUACUAGCAGGCAAUGCUGUACUUUUCCUCAGUCCUCCUGUCCUGUUUGUUUUGUUUUGUUUUGUUUUAAGGCACUGUUGAAUACUGAAUGCCUUCUGUAUUUUAACGGAGUGGAUGAACAUUUAUCCUUUUAGAGAAUAGCAGGUUUAGGGGAGCUACUAAAAAGGUCUGCCAACCUCACGGCCUUGAAAGAGUUCCAUUUACGAUGGUGAAGAUGUCCAUUAAGAAAUGAGAAGGUUUAAGAGUUGUUUCAUGUGAACAUCACUUAUUAGUUACAAACUUAUAUUCAUAGCUUUAAAAAAAAAUGCCCAACUGUGUCAAAAUAAAGGAUAUCUCUGUAUUACGGUUUUCACAGUAGCUAUGUGGACAGUGUGUGUUAUUUCCAUUUUGCCUCUGAAAUAGCAACACCCCAAAGUCAGGGCCAUCUUUUACAAAAGAGAAAUGGCAAUAUUUCACACACCUCCAGUCAUGAAACCCUUUAGUGAAGCCUCCAUUACUGCUUCACAGUUUCUAAUGCCAUACCUCACAGCAGGUGGAAUAAUGAGAAUUUCUGCAGGUGUGUAAUUUUGAAACUAGUCCUCUAAGAUAUUCCUAUUACUCAUAUAUCGAUCUAAUAAAAAAAAAACUACCUAUAUAGCUAACAUUCUUUUCUUUCCUUUUGUGCCAAAUGUUUCACAAUAAAUCUCAUAAUUGUAUACAUUCUUCUGUUUAGGAUUAAGUUGAAAAUACCAUAUUAGCAAGAGUCUUGGGACUAUCCAGACUCCCACACAGGGAUAAGUCUGACUUAGAGAAAAUCAGAAUCUUGAGUAAAAGGGGAUAGUGACAUUUUCAAAUAGUUUUUAAAAGGAGGAGACAACGUUGUGUGCUUCUGUGUAGUCUAGGCUUAGGAACAACAGAUUCACUUCCAUAAGAGAGGCUGCUCAUCAUUACAGAGCCCAACCAAGGAGGUGACCUCUUGGAGCUGUGUUCACCCUGCAGUGCAUCAUGGGAAAAUCAGGAGCAUCAGUUAGAAAAAUAAGCUCCUUACUCAGAUCUGCUUCCUCUGCUGCAUAUUUGCUUUUCAGGGACAACGUCUGUCAGAAGUGAAGCCAUCACCAGAACUGGGCCUGUUAGAAAGAAAAGGGUUUUGGGUUUUUGUUUUUUUUUAUGUCAAUAAACUUCAACAAAAAGUCCACACUGGUUACUAUCAUACUGUCUGGAUAGGCACUGAAACAUUCAUGAUAACCAGCACUGAGAUGCUGCUUAUCUUGAGGUGGCUUUCUAUGAAGCCUGUCAGAGAGGAGCUGAAGGCCCCAAGCUGCGAAGGAGAGACAGGCUCCAGGCCAAGCCCAGGAGUUCUGACGCACAAGCCAGUUGAGCAGAGUUUUCAUACGUAGCUUGCCAGGGUCCAUCUCAUCUUUUCAUCACAUAGAUUUCAGCCACACAGGAUAGUCCACUGUUAAUGAACCGUGUGGGCUAGGCUGAGAAAAGAUGCAAAGUGAGCCAAGUUUGCUAAAUGGUAUGUGCCAGGGACACAGACACCUUUACCACCCCUCUGCUCCCAUCAGAGGGGACACAAAGACAUUCCACCUAAUACUUAAGCAAGCAACACCACAACUGCCAGGUGGCUGAGGGAAAUCAGGAAAGGUUUCAGACCGUGGCAAGGGCUAAACCAUGUUGGUCAGUUAAGUAGGUUACUUCCGUUGUAGGCAGGACUGAUACGAGCUCUUUUCAGUAGAUGGCACAAUGGACUUGACUUUGGGAAGCAACGUUCAAGGUGGGGUUUGUGGUCCCUCCGUAAUUUUUUCUUAAUAAAAACAAACACUGAUUAGAAGACACAUGGCAAGUAUUCCCUUCUGUGCUGUUUACAGAGGGCUCAAUUCACUUACUGUCCAAUUCUGUGACCAUCUCUUAGAUGAGUAUCAGAAUCACGGUAAAGAGAGAGAACCAGUGAAUAGAAUAGAAACAUUACAAGGAAGGCUUAGACGUUCACUGAGUGUCUACCGCAGGCCUGAACCAAAGUCUACAAAUCCUGACCCGCUGAGCGAUGAGCAACUGCUAUUUACCCAUCCUGCCAAAGUGAACCAAACACACUUCACUGAAGACAGGGCAGUUCCUCACUUAGACCAGAGUGUACCCUAUUACUCUUCAUUUGUUAUUGGCAGAUACACGCUUGCAUCUUUCCAGAGAGUGUUUCAAAGAUGGCCUUUUCUUUGAGACAGAGGCAUGUUGCUUAACUGCAUAACAAGGUUUACUGCCCCCUGCACGCAGCAGGAAAGACAGCGAUUGCAAAUUAAUGUGUGCUAUUUUAUAAAAAUUAACUUGGGGUGUAUGAAUGUAGCUCUAGGUAAACAAUGCACACACAUCACUCAAAAGUGAAUUGCAAUGAUCAGAAGUGGCCAUGCUGGACAUCAGAAAAAAGACAUCUUACUGCCAUCGAGAGAACUCUUUCUUGCAUCCAAAACCACAAUAUCAUCUUUCAUAGUAAAAAAAAAAAAAAAAAAAAAAAAUUAACGUCUGAAAUUUGAGAUGAUUAAGAUUAGCUGAAUUGGUUUUCCUAAUUUGUAUGCCUUGGAGCUUUUUAGAGUCUUAUUUCAAGUUGAAGAGUCCAGCAAGGUCAGAGAAGGCUAUGGCAUGUAAGGUCUGGCUGUUGCAGUUUAUAGCCCAGAGUGACAUACUGAAAUCAACAAAUAACCUUAAUUGUUUUAUAAUGACACAGCACAACUGCCUUGUUAUGAAUUUUUUCUUAAAUGCAUAUAUACUGUAUUUAAAAAUUAAAAUAUAGAUACCAAUUUACCAAAGAUACGUAUUACUAAUUCUAAGCAAAAAAUUUAGAAACAGAAACCCAAGUUCAUCAUAAUUUAAGAAAUAAUAAUCAAAAUGUAGUUUGUCUUAAGAAUUUAGCAGUUAUACUGGAAAAUACAUUUUCAACUCCUGUCUCCUAAAGUUUAUGUUCAAAUGGUGCCAGUGACUUUUUAUAUGAAGGGAAAAUGCCUGCUUUUUUUUUUUUUUUUUUAAAGCUGUAAUUUCACUUACCCCUUUGCGCUUGCCCUUCGUUGCCAUUUAACAUACAAUACUGGCUUUACUUAAUCUCUAGAAAGAAGGCAUGCUACCAAUAGGAGGGAACUGUAAUAAUGAUAUUUGGCCUCUACUUUGUCUUAGCUGUUAAACUGUUUUUAGUAUUUUUGUUAAAUAUUUGCAAAGGGAAGCAUUUUCUACAGAGGAUAAUUAAUUUCAAGAAAAAUAUCUUGAGUUUUAAGAAAUAAACAUCUCCAGAAAAGGAGACAGUCGAUUUUAUAAAAUGUCGCAACUCUCCAACAUUUGGGGUAGUGACUCCUUUUUUGUUAGGACAUUUGAAACUAGCAAGCAGCCAUUGUUUCUAAAAAAAAAAAACAAAAAAACUCAGCCUUCGUGUCGAUUCAUGUUUCUUUCACUUCAUUUUGAAAUAGCUAAAAUCAUUAAAACUGUAAAUAUUUUGUUGCUUGGAUAAGCAUCUUCUGGGAACUUUGUAUCUAUGGUAUAUAAUCAUAGAAUUUUAUAUUUUCAUAUAAAGCUAAUUUUUUUCUAGUUUCAACUCUGUCAUAGUUUUUUUUUUCUUUGUGGUGGAUAUGUGAAUUCAACUUUCUGUGUAUUGAAGUAGCAAGAACCAUCUUUGCAUUCCAAAAUAAUCCAACGUGUGUUAUUUCUUUGAGGCAGUGAUCGUGAAAGUUGGGUUUUUUUAAUUUCACUGACCAUUUGUGCAAUAGGAUUAGACAUAAUUAGUCACUGAAUACAUUCGUUGCAUUGACCCGUUUGGAAAAAGUGUUGUUGUUUUUUUUUAAUUUGUUCAGGGGGGAGGGGUUUUGUAACCUGAAAUUUUUCCCUUUUUUCUUCUGUUUAAAACUAUAUCAAAUCAUUCUAUUAUAGUGUUAUUUAAUAUGUAAAUUGUAUUGCUAUACAUAAAAUAAAGUAUGGUUUUUGAUGUA